UCCCCCCCCCUCCAGGUCCCGCCCUCUCCCCGCCCCCCGUUCUCUGGCAUUCUCCCUCUUCUCCCAGCUGUCUGUCAUUCCUCUCUAGUGUUCCUGCUUCUCUGUCCUCCAGGAGAACCUCUCUGGGCUCCCGCCAUGGUGCAACAACAGGUGCUCUAUCGGGCUCUGGUGUCCUCCAAGUGGCUGGCGGAGUCGAUCCGCGCACGGAAAGUGGGCCCGAGUCUGCGGGUGCUCGACGUGUCCUGGUACCCUCCUCUGCAGCGCAAUGCUCAACAAGAAUACCGGGAGCGCCACAUCCCAGGUGCCUCCUUUUUCAACAUCGAAGAGUGCCGCGACCAGAAGUCUCCUUACGAGAUGAUGCUGCCCAGCGAGGAAGCCUUCGCCAGCUAUGUGGGCCGCCUGGGCGUCAGCAACAACACGCAUGUGGUGGUGUACGACGGCGACGACUUGGGCAGCUUCUAUGGCCCGAGAGCCUGGUGGAUGUUCCGGGUGUUUGGCCACCGCACGGUGUCCGUGCUCAACGGGGGCUUCCGGAACUGGCUUCAGGAGGGGCACCCCGUGACAGCAGAACCCACGAACCCGGAGCCCGCGGUCUUCAAAGCCACAUUGGACAAGUCCCUGCUUAAGACCUAUGAACAAAUGCUGGAAAACCUCCAGAGCAAGCGCUUCCAGAUGGUUGACUCCCGGGCCCGGGGGAGGUACCUGGGGACAGAGGCAGAACCUGACAGCAAAGGUAAGCUCGGGCCGGGCUUCCAAGGCUAG